CUACUGCAUAGAUGCUGUUACCUCCCUCGGCGGUGAUGUCACCGGCUCAGCGGAGCUCCAGCAUCCUCAGCAGACACACACAAUAGGGCCGUUUUCACCGCCUGGGAGUGCGAAGGAGCGUCCGAGCGAACCGACCGGUGUCACCGCCCUCCCGCCCCCCCAAAGAGAGAGCGACGAGGCGGCUUCAUGGAGCCGGCGGGCCGUUAGCAGGAGGCCGUUAGCAGGAGGACCAGGAGGAGAGCGGAGGAGGUGGAAGGAGCUUACGGCGCUCGACCCCGAGGCACGCGGGCCGGACAGCGCCCCGACGCGGGGAGCGCGACGUCAUCCGCCCCGCGGAGACCUGCGGGCCCCACCCCCGGGCACAAAAGAAGGCACCCUAAGGUGCUAGGAAGACAGCGUCAUGGCCGGGGCCUCUGUGAAGGUGGCGGUGCGUGUCCGCCCCUUCAACUCGAGGGAGAUUGGAAAAGAUAGCAAAUGCAUCAUUCAGAUGUCUGGAAACACCACCACCAUCGUCAACCCCAAGCAGGCCAAAGACAACAAGAGCUUCAACUUUGAUUACUCCUACUGGUCCCACACCUCGCCAGAGGACAUCAAUUAUGCCUCUCAGGUGCAAGUGUACAAAGACAUCGGAGAGGAAAUGUUGCUGCACGCCUUCGAGGGAUACAACGUGUGCAUCUUUGCUUACGGCCAGACGGGCGCUGGCAAGUCCUACACCAUGAUGGGGAAACAGGAUGUGAAGGAUCAACAGGGGAUCAUCCCUCUGCUGUGUGAAGAUCUCUUCACCAAGUUUAAUGACAAUGGCGACAACAGCAUGUCGUAUUCCGUGGAGGUAAGCUACAUGGAAAUCUACUGUGAACGCGUGCGGGAUCUACUCAACCCCAAGAACAAAGGGAACCUGCGCGUCAGAGAGCAUCCUCUGAUGGGACCUUACGUGGAGGACCUGUCUAAACUAGCUGUCACCUCCUACAACGACAUCCAGGACCUGAUGGACUCCGGCAACAAGGCCAGGACUGUGGCCGCCACCAACAUGAAUGAGACGAGCAGCCGCUCGCACGCCGUCUUCAACAUCAUAUUCACUCAGAAACGGCACGAUGCCGAGACUGAUAACACUUCUGAAAAGGUCAGCAAGAUAAGUUUGGUGGAUUUGGCCGGCAGUGAGAGGGCCGACUCUACUGGAGCCAAAGGGACCAGGCUGAAGGAAGGAGCAAAUAUCAACAAAUCUCUAACUACACUGGGCAAAGUCAUCUCUGCUUUGGCCGAAGUGGACUCUGGGUCAAAUAAGAAUAAAAAGAAGAAGAAGGUGGAAAGCUUCAUCCCCUACAGAGAUUCGGUUUUGACCUGGUUACUGAGAGAAAAUUUGGGGGGAAACUCUCGUACCGCGAUGAUAGCCGCCCUGAGUCCCGCAGACAUCAACUACGACGAGACCCUCAGCACACUCAGGUACGCAGACCGCGCCAAGCAGAUCCGCUGCAACGCUGUGAUCAACGAGGAUCCCAACAACCGACUGGUGCGCGAGCUGAAGGAGGAGGUGUCCCGCCUGAAAGACCUCCUCUUCUCCCAAGGCCUGGGUGACAUCAUUGACACAUAUCGGGCGACUGGUGCUGUCAUAGAGGGUUUGAAAUCCCUGCCGGACUCGUCCGAUUACGAGAAUAAUAACAAUAAAGGCCAAGCAGUGAAUCAAAGAGAUGAUCUCUCCACAGUGACAAAUGCCAUGACAGGGAUGAGUCCCUCCCCGUCCCUCUCAGCCUUGUCCAGCCGCGCCGGCUCCAUCGCCAGUCUUCAUGACCGCAUCAUGUUCAGCCCGGGCAGCGAGGAGGCCAUCGAGAGGCUGAAGGAAACUGAGAAAAUCAUUGCUGAACUCAAUGAGACUUGGGAAGAGAAACUUCGCAGAACUGAAGCCAUUAGAAUGGAGAGAGAGGCCUUGCUGGCGGAAAUGGGUGUAGCAAUGCGAGAAGACGGCGGGACAGUCGGCGUGUUUUCUCCCAAGAAGACACCUCAUCUGGUGAAUCUCAACGAGGAUCCUCUGAUGUCCGAGUGCCUGCUCUACUACAUUAAAGACGGGGUCACCAGGGUCGGCCGUGUAGACGCCGCCAGUCGUCAGGAUAUAGUCCUCAGCGGCCACUUCAUCAAGGAUGAGCACUGCACCUUCACCAGUUCCACUGAUAAAGCAAGAGAAAUAGUUGUCCUGGAGCCGUGCGAAGGAGCUGAGACUUAUGUCAACGGAAAGAGAGUGACCGAGCCCACUGUGCUCAAAUCAGGGAAUCGCAUCAUCCUGGGGAAGAGCCACGUGUUCCGGUUCAACCACCCCGUGCAGGCCAGGGCGGAGAGGGAGAGGACGCCAUGUGCAGAGACCCCUGCUGAGCCCGUGGACUGGGCCUUCGCCCAGAGGGAGCUGCUGGACAAACAGGGCAUAGACAUGAAACAGGAGAUGGAGCAGAGACUGCAGGAGUUGGAGGACCAGUAUCGCAAAGAAAGAGAAGAAACCAACAACCUUCUGGAGCAGCAGAGACUGGAUUAUGAGAGCAAGCUGGAGGCUCUUCAGAAGCAGGUGGACAGUUACUACCCUGAAACCCUUGAAGAAGAGGAAGAGCCAGAGGAGGAAGUGCAAUGGACGGAGAGGGAAAGAGAGCUGGCUGUGUGGAGCUUUCGUAAGUGGCGGUGCUACCAGUUCACCUCUCUCCGUGACCUGUUGUGGGGCAACGCCAUCUUCCUCAAGGAGGCCAAUGCCAUUAGUGUGGAGCUCAAGAAAAAGGUCCAGUUCCAGUUUGUGCUGCUCACAGACACGCUCUACUCCCCGCUGCCUCCAGACCUGUUGCCCCCGGAGGCGGCCAAGGACCGCGAGAAGCGACACUUCCCGCGCACCAUCGUGGCUGUGGAGGUGCAGGAUCAGAAAAAUGGAGCCACCCAUUAUUGGACACUAGAAAAACUAAGGCAGAGGCUGGAUCUCAUGAGGGAGAUGUACGAUCGCGCAGCCGACGUGCCCAACAACACCGCUGAAGACGGGGAAAAUGUGAUGACCGGAGGGGACCCCUUUUAUGACCGCUUCCCUUGGUUCCGUCUGGUGGGCAGAAACCCCAUUUUCAAGACAUGCAUGAGCGAGCGCAUGAGUGACCCCACCCCAUCCCCGACCCUCUCCAACUCUGAAAUUACUGAGCUGGCUGACCCGCAGCGGGAGGGUCGAGGGGAGGAGGAGGAGGAGUUGGAGGAGUUGGAGGAGUUGGAGGACCUGGACGAUGAUAUCUUUUUGGACGACCCGUGCUUGGAGCUCGGGGGAGAGGAGGAGGAGGAGGAGGAGGAGGAUGAUGAUGAUGAUGAUGAGGGAGAGCUUUGCCGAGGCUCCGGCGAAGGCCAGGAUCCCUUUUACGACCGCUCACCAUUAUUCAGGGUAGUGGGAAGGGCGUUUGUCUAUCUGAGUAACCUGCUGUACCCGGUUCCUCUCGUCCACCGCGUGGCCAUCGUCAGCGAGAGGGGCGAGGUGAAAGGCUUCCUCCGUGUGGCGGUGCAGGCCAUAUCAGGCGCUUUGUGUUUUCCUCCAGCCGACGAGGAAGCUCCCGACUACGGCUCGGGGGUGAGGCAGUCGGGCACUGCCAAGAUCUCCUUUGAGGAUCAGCAGUAUGAGAAGUUCCAGUCGGAGACGUGCUCCGUAGGACUGCCCCGCUCAGGAGCCUCACAGGAGGAGCUUCGCUUUGUGGAGGGAGAGGGGCAGAACGCAGAACCGGGACCCUCGGCUGAUGAGGUCAACAAUAACACAUGUGCGGCCGGUACAGAUGAGGCGGAGAGUCCGCUGAAGAGUCAGGGCGGCCCGCUCGACACAACUCUGGAGCACCUGAGGGUCGGCAACGUCUUCACCUUCAGGGUGACCGUCCUGCAAGCCUCCAGCAUCCCUGCAGAAUAUGCCGACAUCUUCUGCCAGUUCAAUUUCAUCCACCGGCACGACGAGGCCUUCUCCACCGAACCCCUGAAAAACACCGGCCGCGGCCCCCCGCUGGGCUUCUACCACGUGCAGAAUAUUGCUGUUGAGGUGACUAAAUCCUUCGUUGACUACAUCAAGUCUCAGCCGAUUGUGUUUGAGGUGUUUGGACACUACCAGAAACAGCCUUUCCUGCCGCUCUGUAAAGACGUCAUCAGUCCUCUACGUCCCUGCAGAAGACAGUUCCCGCGAGUGAUGCCUCUGUCCAAACCAGUGCCUGCGACCAAGCUGACCGCCAUGACCCGCCCGCAAGCCGGACCCUGCCACAGCAAACACGAUCUCAUGGUGUUCUUUGAGAUCUGCGAGCUGGAGGCCACUGGAGACUACAUCCCUGCAGUGGUGGACCACAGAGGAGGAAUGCCUUGUCACGGCACGUUCCUACUGCACCAGGGCCUCCAGAGGAGGGUUACUGUCACCAUUGUGCACGAGUCAGGAGGUGACAUGGAGUGGAAGGAUAUCCGUGAGCUUGUUGUGGGUCGCCUCCGCAACACCCCCGAAGCUGAUGAGACCAUCAUUGACCCGAAUAUUCUCUCUCUCAACAUCUUGUCUGCUGGUUACGUCAGACCCAUGAGGGACGACCGACAGUUUCUUGAUUCGGACAUGCCGAGCAUUUCCUUGGGAGUUGACCAUAGGACUUUCUACCGCUUUGAGGCGGCCUGGGACAGCUCCAUGCACAACUCGCUGCUGCUGAACCGAGUCACUCCGUACGGGGAGAAGAUCUACAUGACCCUCUCGGCCUACUUGGAGAUGGAGAACUGCACGCAGCCCGCAAUCAUAACCAAAGAUGUCUGCAUGGUGUUUUACUCUCGAGACACAAAGCUCUCGGCCUCGCGCUCGAUCCGAAACCUUUUUGGUACUGGGAGUCUCAGAGCGGCAGAUGGAAACCGUGUCACUGGAGUCUAUGAGGUCAGCCUGUGUAACCUGGCAGAUGCAGGGAGCCCCGGUAUGCAGAGGAGACGCAGGCGAGUGCUGGACACCUCCGUGGCCUACGUCCGCGGGGAGGAGAACCUGGCCGGGUGGAGGCCCCGCAGUGACAGCCUCAUUCUGGACCAUCAAUGGGAGCUGGAGAAACUCAGCCUCCUCCAAGAUGUGGAGAAAACCAAGCAUUACCUUCUCCUGAGGGAGAAACUGGAGUCCACCAUGCUCAUGGGUCAGGAGUCCCUGCAGUCCUGCAUCACGGAGGAGCUCAGCGAGUGUCCUCAGCCCCCCGAGGUCGACCAGGAGGUCCCCUCCCGCUCUGAAAUCACCACCGAGAGGCAGAGAGAGCUCGCUGCCAAGUGUUUGCGUCUGCUCACUCACUCCUUCAACCGAGAAUACAGCCACGUGUGCGUCAGCGCCAGCGAAAGCAAGAUCUCCGAGAUGUCCGUCACGAUGCUAAGAGACUCCGCUUCAAUCUCUGCUCUCAACACAAUCACACCCUCCUCGACGUGCCCGUCGCUGGUUGAGGGUUGCUAUGGGGACGCCGAGCUCAGACCCCCGAUGCCCCGCUCCCGUGCCGCCAGCCCCGCCCCCGCCCCCCAGCAGGACACGGAGGCAAAGAAGUCCGCCGGCGGAGCCUCUGAAACCAAACCACGGAUCCGCAGGUUUUUCCCUGACAUCACGGAGAUUAGAGUCAGCCCUAUUGUUUCAAAGAAGGGUUACUUGCAUUUCUUGGAGCCGAACACCAACGGCUGGGUGAAGCGCUACGUGGUCGUGCGGCGGCCGUACGUCUACAUCUACAACGCGGAGAGAGACUCUGUGGAGCGGGCGAUCCUCAACCUCUCCUCCGCCCAGGUGGAGUACAGUGAGGACCAGCAGGCAAUGCUGAAGACCCCGUACACAUUCGCCGUUUGUACCGAGCAUCGCGGAAUAUUGCUACAAGCCACUAACGACAAGGAGAUGCACGACUGGCUGUACGCGUUUAAUCCCCUCCUGGCUGGAACUAUCAGGUCGAAGCUGUCGAGAAGACGAGCCGGGCCGAUGAGGAUGUGAACAUCCAGAUGUGACGAGGGAAGGAUGAACAGCAGAUUGUACAUAGAUUCCUCUCCUUGUGCUGAGGCCCAUCUCCCCCUCCCCCAAAACCUCCACCACAGUCACCAACAACCAUCUCUUCCCCGUACCAUCUCAGAUCGUCACCAGUGUCCUCAGCACCUAAAGCGCCCAUUUCAUGCCAGGCCUUUGCUGCGCCGUGAGUCUCAUAGUCAGAAAACCUCCGUCACUGUACUGUACCAGAUCAUUCAGAGCUGGUCGAUCGAAGAAAGGUGGCGGAAGUAGCAACAGUUUCUUAUCUCGGAUCACAUACGUAUGGUAGUGUACUGUAGUUGUUGUCAGUGACACAUCGAGCCUUAUACAUCUACUCCUCAAAAACAAUGCAGUGGCAUUUAUUUCUACCUUUACCUAAAGUGGCGUCAGUGAGGAUCACAUUGCUCCAUUUGAAUCGUUAAAAUAGAAAAAAAAACAUGCAGAUUGCUCUUAAUUCUGCAGCUACAUGUACAGUGUCUAAACUGGUUUGCGUACGACAUCCUGCUACUAAGUACACCCUAAAAGAAAAGAAGAAAAUGACAGUUGAGUGUAACUCUGUAGAAUAAUUCCCUUUUCUGCUACUUGGAUCUUAAAUCUUGUUUAGCACACAGCCUGGCGAGGGCGGGGCAGAGCAUCAUCGUUCUUGUGGCAUUUUGAUCAAUCCACGUCGUUUUAGCUACUCUUAGGGCGCGUCUACAUUCACACAAUAAGUAAUCACAUGUCGUCACUAUUAAUCCUCCAAAGUUGAUCUCAUCCUCUACCUGAAUUUUAUUUGUUUUAAAAUGUGAUAUAUUUAGAUAUUUAACAGCUUUAUUAUUUAUUUCCGCAUGUAUUUAUUUACAAAGACAUUUAUAUUUCUAAAGUAGUAGUACCGUGCAAUUUCAGCACACCGCACUUUUUAAUAUGAGUUCCUUAAAUGUUCUAAAUGAUACAGCUCUAUCCCCGUGCAGUUAACCGGUUUAUGAUUGGCCCUUUUCUUUGUGCUGAAGAUAACUUGAACGACACUAUCCCCGAUAGGAUAGUCACACCUGACCUUUGACCCAACUAAUAUACACCUGGAAAGGUCACCAAAUUCAGAAGUUGUUCUGAGCACCCUCAGCUGCACAAAGCUGUCUUGUUAAACGAUCUAAUAAUGUGUAUAUCGAUUAAAUGUAGUGCCUCUCUUUUUUCAACCAUGCUGUACAGUAAGCCUCUGCACCACCUGCUUUCAAACCGCAUCCUUUAUGCUGCAACAUCACUGCUCACCAUCACUUCAUAUUCAGACAAAAGAGGUAUCAUUUAUGUCCCAUAUCUAACAUGGCAGUCAGCCCAUAACACAGCCGUGUUCUCUAAGUGGAUACAGUAAAACCUACUUUCACGUAUUUAUUUGUGUUCAUCAAUAAAUGUUGUUUCAUGUUUCAUCCCUUCACCACAUCUCAGAUCAGACGCGUGACUAUGCAUUUUCUAAGGCAUUGCAUUUGAUUAUGAAUCUGAUUUGAAACUCCUCGGACGGCUCGUGAGUUGUUGUGUGAAGAUUGAAGAGCGAGCCUCGGGUCAGCCAGCCUAGAGCGCGUGCUCGCUAAGAGAAGUCACGUGACACCGGCUGCAGUAGGACGACAGCUCACAGCAUCCAAAGCUCCAACGGCAAAGUUCACUUUAGCAGCAAAGCAGAUGGUUUUAUUUAUUGCUGCUGAGGAAAUCCAUACAAUACCAUAUUUUCUGAGGCUGGAAAGUAUUCUGUGUGUUGGCUUAUCCUAAAACCUUUUACAGCCCAUGUGUGAUGAACGUUUGACUCAAACUGUCAAAUGUAUGUGACGCGACUCAAUAGAGUCUUGUGAUCAUCAAAGUCUGUCACAGACGUCCUUGGCAGAGCGUGCAGUCGUAUCUGAUCCAGGUAUGGCAUCAUCUUCUCCGGAAGGCCGCUGUCUCAUCCUUUGAACCCCAAUUUUCCGAUCCUCCAAUCCAAUCUCUGUGUCUAAAUGAAACCCGGUGGGGUUUUUUGGGCCUUUUUAAUGUGCGUCAGAUAUGAUCCAACCAAAGUUUUCUUGCUGCAGUCACACAAAAAGAAACCACUCUGAAUGUACGUUGAUAUUGGGCAAACAAUCGCAAACUGCUGGACUGGUUAUGUUGCCGUGUCUUUAGUGUUCACAGUCGUGCUCCUCAUUGAUUGUUGGGCAGGUUGUGCGAUAUACCUGUCGUGGGUCCACUGACGUGUGAGGGGAGCUCGGUUCACCGCGGCCACGUCCAGUACGGAGUAAUGCCGUAUGUAACCGCACUGUCUCACCCGUAUUUGUCCAAUAUCCACCGUCACCAUCAUGCUCUGACAACCUUCACAAAAUCUCCCUUUUCUAUUCCCUCCCUUCACCUUUAAAGGAAAAUAGCUCCAAUCUUUGUGCUUCUAAUCUUUUUUUUCUAUUUUUCACAAGUUCAUUUCUUAUUUUUUCCCCGUCUUCAGACUUAUUCGCAUUGUAUAUGAACAUGAUUGCUGUGAACAGUGUAUUAUAAAGUUGCACCCAUUUACAAAAUCUUCAAUGGGCAGUAGUUUCAGUGUCUGAGUGUUGAGAGUUUAGCGUCAACUGUUUGUGUGCACUAAACACAUUGUCAUGUAUAAAAUAAACAUGGACAUUAUGCAACACAAAA